AUGGCCAAAGCCUGGCGGAGGAGCGUGGCCCAUGACCAUCGGCACAUGGAUCUGGCCCAGACGAGCCUGGCCUCUCGUGUUUGCAAUGGAGAUGGCAAGCUGAUUCUGUCCACAGACCAGGCCUCUCUGCUCACACAGAUCAAUGCCUUUGUGGGACUUGGCCAUGAGGACUUUGAGCUGCCCUGGCUGCAGCCGGGGAUUCUUCUCUGCAUGCUCUGCAUCCUCCUUUGGUGCCUUUACCUCUGCAACGAGCUGCGUGCCGUGUUCUUCUCCCUGGAGGCGGUGUCCUUCUUGCCGCGGGGCUCGCGCACGAUCUUGAAGCAGGGACGCUUCAUCCAGAUGUCCUACCCCCGUUGGCUCGCCUAUUGCCUCAUGCGCCUGGCGCGGCUCUCCAUCGCGGUGGCCUUGCUCUAUGCUGGAGUCCUAUGGCUUGCAGGGACCACCUCGAUCACCGAUUUGAUCCUGAAUGCUGUGGCACUGUCUGCAACUCUUCAGGUGGACGAGAUGAUUUUUGCGGCCUUGAUGCCCAAGAAGAUCCAGAUCAACAUCCAGGACCUAGAAGCCAUCAAGGUGAAGUACAGCAACGCUCGGAGCCAGUUCGAGUCGGUGGUCUUGCUGCUCUUGAUCACCGGGUUGAUGCUUUGUCCGUAUUUCAGCCUGGUGGCGCCCUUGGCACAAGACAUGUUGGAAGUGAAGCGCCAGUACUGCGCAGGGAACCAGGAUUUCGUGGUGGGCGGCAACAACAUGCAGAAGAUCACCGUUGGCUUCAAGACCAAGCCCUUCAACAUCAGCGAGGAGAAUUCCUUGAGCCAGUUCGCCGUCGAAGAUUGGAUCUGGCGCCAAGAUGAGACCGUGUCGAACUACAUCCUUUUCAAGAAGGAAUUGGGCGAAUUCGAUCAGCAGCUCUCGAUGCCCUUGUCGACCUUGGCUUCCUUCGAAAACACCUGCGAGGAUUGGGACGCGACGUUCCUGAAGGGAGGCACCACCGAAAGCUGGCAGGAGCAGUACCGCACUCACUGGUUCUCGACCGCCUUCUCACUGAACAUGGACCUCGACUCCAAUUGCUCAGAGAUGCGGCAGCACUGCGACCGCGAGGAUGCAGGGCUUUUGCGCUAUACUUGUGGCCACACCUGUGGCUGCGCCUAUCCAUAUGGAAAUCCUUGGUUUCGAGUCACCGACAGUGGCUGCUCCGACGCCUGUAAAGAUGCCGCGGAGGACUACGCUGCCACCCAGAUUUGCGAGGACCAAAACGUGACCUCUCAGCCGCUUCAGGAUGUUUGGAUGACCUUCUGGUGGUACUACUUGUUCAUGAUUACUUACGGCGUUGGGCUUGCUCAUCCAAAUGACUUAGCCAACAACAACCAGUAUGCGGAUCUCUACUGGCGCUCCUUGAACAUGACGGAGCUCGGUUGUGCAGGAUUCUUGAGAGUUGGCUGGGGCGAGGAUCCGUUUCUUCAAUCCGCCUUCUGCGAAGGCAGUUAUGUCUACCGUCCCUUAGCCCUGCUUUGCCCCGUCAGCUGUGGCUGUACCGUUUCGGACCCGAUGCCCUCGUACUGCCCCCGGAGCUGCAAGGGCUGCGCUGAUGGGGAGGAGUUCCCGCCGCAGGGGCAGGUCACCAACUGUGCGCAAGCGGCAGCUGUCGGACUGUGCGAAGCUUAUCCCGCGGAGGCCUUGCAACUGUGUGCGGAGACCUGCGACUUAUGCCACUUGUUGCCGGGCGGCGCACGGCGCCUGGACUCGUCGCGGAUUGCGGCGGUGCUGCAGGAGCUGGACGCGAGGGCGAGGGGCGGCGUCUGA